ACGCCAUUCUGGUUCAACACAGGGGGAUUUGCCGUUGGAAAUAAAUUGAACAUUUGAGCCAGCAUGUCGAUUUAUAGGCACAGUGACUUAUCAGUGUUCGUAAAUUGACCACUGUUUCCUGGACACAAGUUGGACAGACUGCAUUAUCAGGGAGCGAAAGGAUGGUGCAGGUGGUGUUUCUCCACCCAGACCUGGGUAUAGGUGGUGCAGAGAGGCUGGUGGUGGAUGCAGCUGUAGCUCUACGCUCUCGCGGCUGCAGUGUUCAGAUCUGGACGGCCCACCAUGACCCCACACACUGCUUCUCAGAGACACUAGACCCAGACCUGAACGUGGUGUGUGUGGGUGACUGGUUGCCCACCAGUGUGUUUAGGUACCUGCAUGCCCUGUGUGCCUACCUCAGGAUGAUCUACGUAGCUCUCUACCUGGUCUUCCUCAGUGGAGUAGAGUAUGACGUGGUCUUCUGUGAUCAGGUGUCGGUGUGUAUCCCAGUCCUGAGGUUGUCUCGUCAGAGGAAAAAGGUUCUGUUCUACUGUCAUUUCCCAGACCAGCUCCUGACCCAGAGAGACUCAGCUCUGAAAAAGCUCUACCGUGCCCCCAUAGACAGACUGGAGGAACUCACCACUGGCAUGGCUGAUAUGGUGCUGGUGAACAGUUGUUUCACCGCAGGGGUCUUCAGGGAGACCUUCCGUUCCCUGGAUGGGAUCCAGACUGACGUCCUCUACCCAUCCCUCAACACACAUAGCUUCGACCGGCCCCCUGAGGAGCAGCUAGAGCAGGGUCUGGGGGGCUUGAUCCCUGAAGGCGUAUCCUGCCUCUUCCUGUCUUUGAACCGCUAUGAGAGGAAGAAGAGCCUGGGUCUGGCCCUGGAGGGCCUCUCUUCCCUGAAGACCCGCCUCGCCCCAGGGGACCAGGCAGGACUCCACCUGGUGGUGGCAGGGGGGUACGACGGCCGUGUUGCUGAGAACGUCCAGCACUAUGCUGAGCUGAAGGAGCUAGCAGCACGGCUGGGAGUAGAGGACUCUGUCACCUUCCUGCGCUCUCCCUCAGACAGCCAGAAGGUGGCGCUGUUGCGGGGCAGCGCAGGUGUUCUCUACACGCCCAGCAGAGAGCACUUUGGGAUAGUGCCAGUGGAGGCCAUGUACUGCUGCUGUCCCGUCAUUGCUGUGAGGUCUGGAGGGCCUCUGGAGAGUGUAGGUGACGGGGAGACGGGCUUCCUGUGUGAGCCCACGGCCGAGGCCUUCUCCCUGGCCAUGGAGAAGCUGUUCAGAGACCCCCAGCUCCGCAGGGACAUGGGCCAGGCCGGCAGGAGGCGGGUUCAGGAGAAGUUCUCCCUGGAGGCCUUUUCAGACCAGCUGCACGGGUACAUCCUCAGGCUGACCCAGUGACACCUCUGCUGGGGCAGAGACUGGGCUGGGGUGCGUUAGCGGAGCAGCUUUCGGUAGAAGUCGCCCAUAGACGCAUCUAGAUCAGCUUACCUUCUCUCAAUCCCUGCCUAAAUCCUAACCAAAGAAUGGAAAACUGACCUGAGAUCAGCAUCUCAUUGGUGCAACUUCAUCCUACUGCAGCUAUAGCCAGGUAGAGGUGGAUGGGCUAGGUAUGUAGGGAUAAAAUACGGUUACUGAGGACAGACUGGGGAGGGGAGGGUGUACUGUAGAGGUGCGCUGACUGAGGAGGACUCUAGACAAUUAGUCAUUGUUCCCCCAGGAGGGGUUGCUGAGGGAAUGGAGGACAGACUGGGGAGGGGGGGGGGUGUAAUGUAGAGGUGCGCUGACUGAGGAGGACUCUAGACAAUUAGUCAUUGUUCCCCCAGGAGGGGUUGCUGAGGGAAUGGAGGACAGACUGGGGAGGGGGGGUGUAAUGUAGAGGUGUGCUGACUGAGGAGGACUCUAGACAAUUAGUCAUUGUUCCCCCAGGAGGGGUUGCUGAGGGAAUGGAGGACAGACUGGGGAGGGGGGGGUGUAAUGUAGAGGUGCGCUGACUGAGGAGGACUCUAGACAAUUAGUCAUUGUUCCCCCAGGAGGGGUUGCUGAGGGAAUGGAGGGAUGGAAUCUCAGCUCCAAUUAACAAAAGAGUAACGACUUUACCCAUACUACCCCGGGGCCUGUCGUAACAAUACCAGCACCGGCCCUUGGUUCUAGAAGUGUGUGUGUGAGGGGGUGACCAAGGGCUUAAUGAACAAGAGCUACAUAACCACUAGGAUGGAUCUGUAGUGUGAUAGAUGUGCUGCUGUGUGUUUGCGCAUGCCACCGAGCGCCAUUAGCCAGUUGGCAGCCACAGAUCGAUAAGCAGGAUGUUUGCCACUUCCUCUGUCCUUUCAGACCUUAGUUACUUUUCACAAUGAGGGAAUGUUUGGCCUGUACAUUGCUGUUGCUGUCUGUCUCUGGGUUAUUAGGAGAUGAUGCUGUGUGUUGGUUAUUGUGUGUGUGUAGUAUAGAAGGUCAUGUCUGCUGGUCAGUCUGUGUUACUAACCUCUAGAAGAGCUCUUAUUGACAUUCCUCAAGUCUUAAUAAAACAGAGGACACAUAUCUAGUUUACCAAC